AUGGCCAAUAGUCGACCUUCAUCAAUGAUAAUUUCGUCUAAUGCGUUAGAUGAAACCAAUACGAAUGGAUCAAAAAGUGUUGUACAAAAAAAAGAUUCAUUACCAUUACGUUCAUCGAAUCAAGCCAAACUUCCAGGAACUAAUAUAACUAUUGCACAUUCAUCUUCAUCAUCAAUUGAUAGUACUGGUGCUAAACUUACCAAUUCAAAUGACAAAACUUCUUCGUUACCGCAAAUCAGUCCACUUACAACAGUGUCGUCAACAACCACCGAUAGUGAAUUGGAAAGCGAACAAGAAGAACGAUACACAGAUGAUAAUAAUUCCUUAGAAUUGAACAAUCUUCCAAAGCCGAUUCGACGUCCAGCACAACAAGAAGCAGCAGCAGCAGCAGCGCGGCGCGAUAGUGGACAACAAAAAUCUGAGAGCAAUACAUCUGAACAGCUAUCUCGACGCGUCAAACAUUUCCAAAAACUUUUCAAAUCGGAAAUUGCGGAUGACGACAUGCCGGAAUUAAUUGAUUCCUAUGUCUGCGCCUAUCAAGGAGAUAUUUUACUGCAAGGUAAAAUGUAUAUCACCGAUCGUUAUCUAUGUUUUCAUUCCCGGAUCAUAUCUUACGUGACAAAACACGUCUAUCGAUGGGAGCAGAUUGACAAUGUGACCAAGGAGCGUGUUGCAUUCAUCUUUCCAACUGCAAUUGGAAUUCAAUUGAAGCCAACUGGCAAAAAGAUCAUCUAUGCAUCCUUUCUCCAACGUGAUCAGGCCUAUGAUAAAAUCAUUUCGAUUUGUUCGCGUUUUAACAAUGAAACAGGCUCAAUCGCUGAUGAUGAUGACAAUCGUUUGAACCCAAGUGGAACAUUAAAAUCGCAGAAUAGUAAUCACAGUUUUAGUACAAAAAGCAAAAAGUCGAAACGCAAUCAUUACGAAACACCGGAUGACUCAGAACAUGACAAUGUUCUCCAAAUGUGCUUAGGACAAGAUCGAACAAACAGUCUGAUGAAACGACGGAAACAACCGCUCUCUUCAAAAACGAACGAUGACAAGCAACAGCAAACGAAGAAAUUAUUCAAUUCAGAUAAAAAGAAAACCAAUUCGGUCGCCGAGUCAAAUUUAUCCAGUGAUUUCAAUGGUGAUCAUGCAAAUAGGACGUCACAGCAUAGUAAAAAUCAACCAAAACAAACUGAUACAUUCACAAAAAGUCGAUUACAAUCUUUACAUCAUGUUUGGCCAUUAUCUUCCUCAUCAAUGGAAAGUUCAAUACCAUCAUCCAACAAAUUCUCAUAG